AUGUCUGAAUUAUUAAAUCAGAAAUCUUCAGUUCAAGGAAAAGUUCCGUCAGGCUAUCUUAAUGCUAUUUUUGAUCUAACUGGUGACUGGUUCCAUGAUGCUGCAGACACCAAAUAUCUUGCUUUUGAUGGUUACUUCAUCUCAUUGUACUAUUUACACCUAACAACAUCUCCACUAGUACUACAAGACCAUGUAAAGAAGUCAGUUCCAGCUCACUGGGAUCCAGCCUCGUUGGCUAGGUUUAUUCAGACAUAUGGGACCCACAUAAUAGUAGGGAUGGCUGUUGGAGGCCUGGAUUUAAUUUGUGUUAGACAGAAACCUUCUUCACCUAUUCUGCCUGCAGAUCUCAGAAGAUACUUAGAGGAUCUUGGCAGUUACCUAUUUUCAGAUGGGAAAAGCCCCUCUCUACUAGAGAGGAAAACAAGAGAUGGCGAGCCAAAGGUUCCUGAGGUCUUCAAUCGUAUUCUGAAGUCAAACACCAUGCAGUUGUCCAGUAUUACAGAGACAUCAAGCAAAGAUGGACUCACUAUCAUUUGUUCUAAAAGAGGAGGGGAUGUGUUUUUGCACAGCCACUCUAGUUGGCUCCAAACUGUUCCUUCUAAACCAGAAGGGAUUCUCUUCAAGUUUGUACCUAUUACUUCUCUUCUUACUGGGAUUCCUGGCAGUGGCUAUCUUAGUCAUGCGAUUAACUUGUAUUUGCGUUACAAGCCUGCUCCUGAAGAUUUACAGUACUUCUUGGAGUUUCAAGUUCCAAGGCAAUGGGCACCAAUGUUCUGUGAGCUGCCUCUUCGCCAUCAAAGGAAAAAAGAUUCUUGUCCUUCUUUGCAAUUUUGUUUCAUGGGUCCUAAGAUCCAUGUCUGCUCUACACAGGUGUCAAGUGAUCAAAAACCAGUUGUAGGCCUAAGAUUGUACUUGGAAGGAAAGAACUGUGACCGGCUGGCAUUGCAUGCACAGCAUCUCUCAAGUCUUCCGAAAGUUAUUACAUCAUCAACUAACAACCCCAUGCCAUGUCAAUGGCGUGGUUCUGAUAACUACAGGAUUAGUGAGCAAUUUUUAGAACCAGUCAAAUGGAAGAGAUACUCAAAUGUAUGCACAUCAGUUGUUAAACAUGAUCCCAGUUGGUUAAAUGGGGAGUCUUCCGGUGUUUUCAUUGUAACUGGUGCACAGCUCUUGAGCAAGGGAAAGUGGCCGAAGACAGUGCUGCAUCUUCGUCUUCUCUUCACUCACUUACCCAAUUGCAUGAUCCGAAAGACAGAGUGGGCUGCUGCCCCAAGAAAUUCUCAGAAAUCUAGUUUCCUUACGAAUCUGAGUACAACAUUCACGUUUACCCAACGGAGCAUUACCGGUCCUCAAAAGCAAGCUCCGGCUGCACUGAAUUCUGGAGUCUUUCCGGAUGGUCCACCAACUCAAGUUUGCUCUGGAAAGGUACUGAAAUAUGUGGAGACAACUGAAGUAGUGCGUAGUCCCCAUGAUUCUCCCGGACAUUGGUUGGUAACGGCUGCCAAGUUGGUGACUGAGGGUGGUAAAAUUGGUUUGCAUGUGAAAUUUGCAUUGUUGGACUAUUCUUGACUUGUAAUCAUUGUCCAUAUCCAGGGAUAUUGGUUGUGGUUAAAAAUUUCAUUUCGUUUGUUGGUUUAUGUGCCUUUUUUUCCGUUGUAAUCGAAGGUUGCUUGUAGAAUUUUAUCAUAGCUUUGUAUAGAAGGAAACACAAAGAAUUCACUGUA